GCUUGGGAAAAUGAACACAUCAAGUGGCAUCCAGAACAUUUUUGUGGACUUUAUUAUUUAUCAAUUCCUACUGAAGCAUUGUGGAUGCCAGAUAUAACUAUUGAAGAGAUGACAGAGAUGGAUAAGGCUCCUCCGAGUCCUUUUCUCAGAGUUUUUUACUCCGGUACGGUCAGACGUCUGAAUGAUAUGGUGUUGGUUAGCACUUGCAAGAUGCAAGUUUACAAAUUCCCGUUUGACAUUCAGAGCUGUGACCUAUCUUUCAAGUCUGUCAUGCACUCUGUCGAGGAAAUACAGCUUCAUGAACUUUUAGGCCCUUCAGAAGUCCUAAGGUGGUCACACAAGUUGAUGCGGACCCAGUACGAGUGGCUGUUCAUCAACAUGAGCAUCACCAACAAAAAUGUCAGCACUCUUGGCAUUGAACAAAGCAUGAUUGUUUACACUAUCACCAUGAAGAGGCGGUCUCUCCUGCACAUUGUCAACUUCAUGCUUCCUGUCCUGUUCUUCUUGUGUCUGGACUUGUCCUCCUUCCUGAUCUCAGACAGAGGGGGCGAGAAGCUCAGCUUCAAGGUCACUGUGCUGCUUGCUGUCACUGUGUUACAACUUAUUCUGAAUGAAAUUCUGCCUUCCACGUCAGACAAGAUUCCACUUAUAGUGACUUACUGUAUUGGGAGUUUUGCAUUGAUGAUGCUCAGCCUCCUGGAGACGAUUUUGGUGAUGCAUCUGAUGGACAAACACUCUGCAUCCCAAGACAAUGAGGCAAACAAAGACCAAAGCCUGAGUGAGGACUGUGGGGACAAACAUGGCAGUGUCAACUUACACAGCUGUUUGAGAGACAAGAAAUGGACUCAAAGUGGGUCUGCCUGUGACGUGUCUACUGUUAAAUCUCAAUCUGAACUGCUGUCAGUGGCCAAAGAGGGUAGCAGCAGCAAAUUGACAGAGGAGUCCCAUGACUCUGAAAAGGUCUCAGAUGACCUGAGGGAGGUGUUGAAAACACUGACAGUGCUCCUCAACAGCAGGAAGGAAGAACAAAAGCCCGGCUACUGGACAAGAGUGGCUAAAAGAAUCAACAAAGUUUUCUUCAUUGUCUAUGUCACUGUGGCCGGUCUGUUUUUUGCUUAUAUCUUUUUAAAGUGGUACAAGGCAGAUGAUCAGUAGUGCUACAGUUGAUUGAUUGAAGUCAUUGUUCCAUUUAACAUGGACCUUAACACAUUUGUUGUCUGUGUUCACCCCUGUAGUUGCAGAAAAAAAUCUACCCCAUGUUGCUUUAUGUAUGCCAUUGAGGGUUCACAGUUGCUAUGAACCAACUACAUGGAACUACAGGGAAAUUUGUUUUUGAAGACUGACAGCAACUUAAGCUGCAGUUUACUGUGCUGAUUACAAAACCUCUGCAAUCAAAUGAUUACUAUUGUUGUUAAUGUCAUUCUAAGUCAGCAUUACUUUGUGCUAUUCCACUGUGAACAGAAAGUUCAGUUCUAUCUCACACAGGCUCCGCUACGUAUCGGUAGCGACGUCCUAUUGGUCAGCUACAUGCACGAUAAAAUUUCAGUGGGCAAGUGCGUGCAUGUGAUUGGAGGAGGUAGUACCCUAGAGUCCAGUAGAGGGCUCCGCCUGUGCUUAUAGAACUAGGGUUACCAUAUCGUGACCCUCGUUUUAUAGCACAGCGCAGUCUCAGUCAAGAUCAGUUUUUCAGUUCACUUAAGUUUAUAGCUGAUCUUUUUUAAGCAAACCAAAUUGGUAUAACAGCUGACCCAAAAUUUUGACCUGCAAAUAAAUGAUUUUCUGACAGUGUUGAUGGACAAUUAAUCAGGUGUUGUGACCCCCCUCAAACUGCACGUUUAACAACAUCUGAUCUGGCAGAAAGUCGGCCUGAUUGUAAUAUUAGUCGGGAGCAAAAAUCUGGCUUAAUCCUAACAGUGUAAAUAUCAUACAAUGGAUACAUUUGAUCUGGAAUGGAUUAUUGAAUUACAUGUGUUGUAAAUUUUUCUUACAAAGAAAAGCCUACUGAUGUCUUCAGUCAUGUGACUCUUGCCUUGCAGGUUGUAGUGGACCUUUGAGAGUCAAGUCUCCUAUUCUAACAAAUUGUUCUGAUGCGGGGCUGGACUGGGACAAAAACUUGGCACUGGCAUUUUUGGCCGAGGCGGCCCACCAAAAUGUCGGACACCCACUCACAAAUACACCAUUGAUCCAUUUAGGGGUUCAGGUUUGGGGUGUGAUGAAACACUGAGAUGUAAAAUUUGCACAAGAUUGUUGUCCAUAACUACAAGACAAGAAUAUGUAUUUAAUAGGCCUACUAUUUCAAAAAAUAUUUAUAGAUGAAAUGUUUGAUAGGGGGGUCUGGGGGU